UGUUCCCAAACGCAGAAGGGACAACAUGAACGGCUCAAGCAUAACACCAGAUGGUGAAAUAGUCCUGGAAGACUUAGAUGGAGGAAUAAUGGUGGCCUGCGUGAUCCUUGGCCUGUCCUUCCUAGUGGGUGCACCAGGGAACCUGCUGGUGAUCUGGACGAUCUUGCGGCACAUCAAGCAACGCUCUCACACUGUGGUGCUUAUUCUCCACCUAGCUGCUGCCGACCUGCUGGUGCUGGUCACUCUGCCACUGUGGAUCUACUCUUUGGCUCGCUCCUGGGUCUUUGGGGAAGCAGUGUGUAAAGCCAUGGUCUACAUCAUAAACUCCUGCAUGUACAGCAGCGUGUUCAUCAUCACGGUCAUGAGCAUGGAGCGGUUUGUGGUUGUCCGAUACCCCUUCGUGUCUGUUAACUGGAGAAAGAAGAAGCUGCUGAACAAGGCCCUGCUCGUUCUCUGGGUUGCAGCUUUCCUUUUCAGCAUUCCUGUUAUACCCACACAAGUGGUCGACCAAGUGGAUGGAAAAGAGCAGUGUCUGUUCAGAGAGUACUCCUCAACUGGCCAGGAGGUGGUCUGCCUGCUGCUAGAGACCUUGGUGGGCUUUGUGGUCCCCUUCUCCAUCCUUGUGGUCUGCUACAGCUGCAUCUGUAGCCGCAUCGCGCAGAUGACCUUCAAGUCCAAGCGGAAGUCUACGCUCCUAAUUGGCAGUGUGGUCAUCCUCUUCGGCCUGUGCUGGAUUCCUCACCAUGUAGGUAAUUUGCUGUCGUUGGUGAGCAUUGCCAUUGAAAAGACAUACCCCAACUCUGCCGAGAGCCUUGAGGCCACUAGGGCCACCAUGGCAUUCAUUGCCGGAGCCUUGGUCUUCAUCAGUAGCACUGUAAACCCACUCCUUUACGUGUUUGCUGCACGCACCUUCCGAAGCUCACUGCGGGAUACAGGGAUGAAAAAGCUCUUUCAUCACAUUUCCAGCUCAGCAACGGCUGAGAGGACUAAAGAGUUGUCUUUUAUAUCAAAAAGGCAAAGUUCCCAAAAGGAAUCCUCCAUAUACAGCACAGAUUCAAAAACACAAAUAGAUGUUCUUCUCAGUUUUUGUGAAAAUGCUUCCCCCUAA